UCAUGUUAAAUAAUAUUUUUGGCUUCCGAGUUCCAAGCAUAUUUCUACCAACAUCUCUCCAUAUAAAACCAAACAAAGUCUAGACAUUUUAAAUAACGAACAUGACUCCUCAAGAGCUCAUAAAAAAUCGACUAAUAUCGUAGGGUUUCAAGUUUUACCAGGUCAACAAACCACCAUCUUUCAUUCGUUUUUUUUAUUAAGCUUAUAUAAAUACAUCAAACUUCCCAUUUUCUAACACCAAUACCAUCUAUCAUAACCUUAAACAUGUACGACUCAAACGACAACCCACAUUUACUAAUAUACCCUUUUAAUGCAUCCGGCCAUAUUAUCCCCUUACUCGACUUCACACACCACCUCCUCCGGCAUGGCCUCACCAUCACCAUCAUCAUCUCCUCCUCCAACCUCCCUUUACUCCACCCUCUCAUCUCUUCAUACCCCUCUUCCCUCCACAAACUCCUCUUCUCCGACCCCGACCCUGACCACCACCCAUCUCCUCAUCCCCUUAUCGCCAAAGUAAUUGCCACCCAACAAAUGUUUGACCCCAUCGUCCGCUGGUUUCAAUCCCACCCUUCACCGCCAGUGGCCAUCAUCUCUGACUUCUUUCUUGGGUGGACCAAUGAACUCGCCGCCCACCUAGGUAUCCGACGUGUGGUGUUUUCUCCUGCAGGUGCGUUAGGUUCUUCCAUUUUUCAUAUGUUGUGGCGAGAUCUACCGGAGAUUAACGCGCUCAAUGGUGACAGAGAUGAAAGCUUCUUGCUUUCUUUACCGGAAAUUCCCAACUCGCCGGAAUUUCCUUGGCGGCAGUUGUCACCGCUGUGGCGUAGUUACAAAGAGGGAGAACCGAAUUUCGAAUCUUUCAGGAAGGGUGUUAUAGGUAACAUGACCGCAUGGGGAAUUGUGUACAACACUUUUGAAGAUUUAGAAGGGGUUUAUAUUGACCACAUGAAGAAACAGAUUGGCCAUGAUAGGGUUUGGGCUGUGGGCCCGUUACUCCCCGAAGAAGAUGGCCCGGUGGGACGCGGCGGGUCGAGUGCAGUGCCACGUGAUCGCUUGCUCAUGUGGUUGGACAAAAAGCCCGACGACUCUGUUGUAUAUAUAUGCUUCGGGAGCAUAGAGAGAUUAAGUGAGAAAGAAAUGAGUGUAUUGACAAGUGCGCUUGAACUCAGUAACGUUGACUUUAUAUUGUGUGUAAAGACAAGUGAUUUGAAGUUUAUCCCAAGUGGAUUUGAAGAUCGGAUGAGUGGUCGAGGGUUGAUAGUCAAAGGUUGGGCCCCACAGUUGGUGAUACUCAGACAUCGAGCUGUUGGGUCGUUUGUUACUCAUUGCGGGUGGAACUCAACAUUGGAAGGGGUUGCAGCAGGUGUCAUGAUGCUGACGUGGCCACUGGGUGCGGAUCAAUUUGCAAACGAGAAGCUAUUGGUAGACCAGUUGGGUGUUGGGAAACGAGUUUGUGAGGGUAGACCCGAAAAUGUUCCUGACUCGGUCGAGUUGACUCAGUUGUUGGAUGAGUCACUGAGUUGUGAUAGGCCGGAACGAGUUAAAAUUAAGGAACUGAGCCAAACAGGCAUCAAGGCAGUCAAAGAAGGAACAUCCAUGAGGGAUUUGGAUAUGUUCAUCAACCAACUUUGUGAGCAUUAAUAUCAUUAGGAAAAGACUGAAAAGCCAAUAAGCCCAAUAGUAUAAAUCUCUCCAAGAUUCCUUCAUGCACAUGAUGCCGAUCUUGAUCAACCUUCAUCUCACUGGAUAAAUUGGUUGUACAACUACAAGCAAUUCAUACAUUCAACUUUGAUAGUCAUAUGUGGUGUGUACUGAUUAUUGUGAUUUUGACAUAUUCAUGCAACAAAAUUGUUUAAAGAUUAUAAUCAUAAGAAGAGAUUUUCAAAAAUCAUAAUAAUCAGAGGAAGAUUUUCAAAGAUUACAUGAGCUCUCCUUUUAAGAAGAAUAUGUAUUCAAAGGCCUUCAUAGGUAAUUCCAAAAGAUUGUACCAUGCACACAAAGGCUAUGACUCGGAGUAGUGUUGUGUUCAAGAAUAUUUUAAUGGGUGGAAAAACAAGUUUAAUUUGUACCUCUUUCAGAUCAAGUGCUGUGUAACGAAUCCUUUAAUAAAUUUUCAACAGGAAUUUAUACAAAUCACUUGUACACAUCACUUACAGCAAUAAUCCAAAACAAAAAGAAGUAAAGUUAGCUUUCAA